AUGUUGGGCUGGUUUGUCGCACCAGUAGUAACCGGUGACUACCCACCAGUUAUGAGAAAACUAGUUGGAGACCGUCUUCCCCAAUUUACACAAGAACAAGCUAAGUUGGUGAAAGGGUCUUAUGAUUUUCUAGGCAUAAAUUAUUACACUAGUACUUAUGCUAGCAAUUCGCCUAGUGAACCUGGUACAUCGCCGAGUUAUUCAAAUGAUCAAGAUAUCACAGUAUCUAGUGAGCGUGAUGGGAUACCUAUUGGUCCAAAGGAUGUUCCCCAAUGUUUAGAAGAUGAGUAUGGUGGAUUCUUAAGCCAUCAAAUUGUGAAAGAUUAUUGUGAGUUUGCCGAGCUUUGCUUUUGGGAAUUCGGAUAUGCAUUGGGUACUUUUCCACCUGGUCGUGGUCCAACUUCAACAGAGCCUGUAAAGGCUAUCCCUCGUCAUAGAUGUAAACUUGAUGCUCCAACUAGUUGCUCCAAUGGAAAUCAAGGAACUGAACCAUAUAUUGUGGGACACCAUUUGAUCAUUUCUCAUGCAGCAGCAGUUGAUAUUUACAAGCAAAGAUAUAAGGCACAUCAAGGGGAAAAGAUAGGAGUAACAAAUGUGGCUCAGAGGUUUGAGCCACUCACUGACACCAUAGCCGAUAAAGAGGCUCCUUCAAGGGUCCUCAAUUUUAUUUUGGGCUGGUAA